AUGGAGACGAGAGGAAGUAUGGGUGAGUCGCGCGAGGAACCAGCACCGCUUACAUACAUGGACAGGACAGCGACCAAAAAAAACCCCGGGCUAGCAGCGACGCGCUAUGGCGGGCUUUUUGAAUCAACAGGGCCUGGCGACAGAACAGAGGGCACGCCAGGAUGCGACGCGUUUCAGAGCGAGCAUCCCGCGCUCGGGCCAGGCGCGGCGGGCUGGUCGUCGACGACUUGGGCAAGGCUUGUGUACGCUUGCAGUUGCAUGACUCCUGCAUUGCAGUUGCAGUGGGCAGCUGGCAGUGCCUCGCUCUGGCAGCAUGGCCGGCAGGCUGUGCAUUGCCGCCACCACGCACCACCGAAGCAGCUUUUGCCCCGACAGGCCCCUCUCUCGCUCGCUCAGCCCGCUCUAGCCCUGAGGAGGGUCAUGCAGUUGCGGUGGUGGUGUUACAAGGGUCGAUGGGAUGGAAACACAGAUACUACUCCAGGGGCCGGAUUCGCCGUGGUGACGCGCGUUCGGCUGCUCGCUUGGCUGAAACGCCGUGCUCUUGCCCGAUGGGGUUUAGUCCUCCCGCCGCUAAAGUCGAUACAAACGCUCCCAGGGCAAAAAAACGCGCGGUGGAUGACGGUGCAGCAAGUAUCGCAAGUACUUGGAUGCGAAUGGACACACUACUGUAUCUACUAUCUACACAUGUAUCUGCUGUCACCACCACGCCCGGCUGGUCGACGAGCUGACUGGUCAGCCUCCGUUAUCGCAGCUAUCGCAAACGGGCAGGUCCCGUCAGCACGCCAAUCACCCACCGCCUCAUUCCCUUCGAUCCAUCCAUCCAUCAAUCAUUCGCCGCAUCCACACUUAUCCUGA